GCACCAGCGGCUGCGGAACGGCUGUGCGGGCGGCGACGAUGCUGGCGGCGGCUGCCCCUUCUCACCGCGGCACCUUUCAGUUCUCCGCGGCCGCGGAGGGGCGGGCGGGCGUGCGCGCGCUUGUGCGUGCGAUCCUUCCGCGGCGCCCCGACUCGAAGGGUCCCGGGAAGGGAGGGGCAGACUGAGGCGGGGGCGCGGAGGGAUACCGCUCUGGGACAAUCACGGCUGCCACGUGCGGCAGAGAGGUCCGGUUGCGGUGAGGUCGCUGGGGGCGGCUGCCCGAGGCCUGCGGAGGAGGUGGCUCCUACGUCGCAUUGGGCACCCCGGGGAUGGGGGCGUCCGGGACGCCUCCAGUCCCCGAGGCUGGGGCGUGAUGCGCCUCUCUUCUGCGUCCGGUGGCUGGGAUGCGGAAUCUUGAGCCUUGGUGUUGGAUUGCCGAGUUGCCCUGGUGACGGGAUGUGGCGCGUUUACUCCUGCUCGUGGUGGGGGUGGCAGUGGCAAGGUCGCUCACGCUCAACGCCGGCGUCCUCAAUGGGACCCUCUUCCCUGGGGGGCUCAGCAGCCGAGAGGGCCCAUCCCGGCAACCUGAAAUCCGAGCUGGCGUUUGUGCUCUCAGGACCAUUUCUGAGCUUUGCCAGUCUUUCAUUGUUGCCUCAUUUGGGUACCAAGGCUUCGCAUUCUCUGGAUUCUUUGACAGUAAGAACGCCUUUAAGACUGCUAAUCACCUGUGGCUAAAUUACUCAAAAUUCCGGAUAAAACCAAUAGCGACCUAUGUAAACUAUUGUUGGCUACUGGGAAAGUUAGUGGCGGAUCAAUGAAAUCACUGAAAAAACAAGGAAUAAAAGAUCUAAGAAAGGGUUCCCCGGCUGAAUAUAAUACAGUUUCUGCUAUUUAAAGGUAAAAUAAUUGCAGGUCCCAGGUCUGAGAAUGGCUUGUAUUUACAAGGCGGAGUCCCUGUGAUUCUCUCAUCUCUUCGGUAAUCUCUGGGUGCUUUGACUAGACAAGGAAUUAGGAGACGACCUACAGCAAUUUUAAUUUUAAGUGAACAAAAAUGAUCCGCCAAUCAAGGAAAGGAAGAAGGCUCAUUUAAAACGUUGAAAAGUUAAUUUCAAAUUUAAAGUUAUCCUGUAAGGUCACGAUUUGUUAAACAGCUGUAGCUCAUGAAAGAAGACAAACUGGUUGCUAAACAAUUUAAUUGGUUCUGAAGCUUUGUAUUUUUUCUGCUGUUUGCUUUAAUAUAUUUUCUGCUGAAAUCAGCUACUGCAGGGGCGGGGGGCGGGGUACAGUAGGAGAACCCCCAAGUCAGGAACCUAUCAGAUUGAGACAAUGUAUUUUCUCAUGUUCUGAUGAUACAGAAUACAUAUGUGGUAUAAAAUGUGUGCCAAAAAUUGUUUCAUUUUUGCGUGUGUGCCUAGUUACACUUACUGGUUUAUUACUUUACCUCUUUGUAGUGGUGUUUGAUGGUUUUAAUCCUUCAAUCUUAGUUUAUCACCUUAAAAGCUGAUAAUACAGUGUGUUGAUAGCACUGAAUAUGGUCACUUUGUGAGAAAUCACCAAGCUGUACAGUUAAAAUUUGUGCUUUUAGUAUGCAUGUUAUAAUUCAAUAAAUUUAAACA